UGGCGGUGACAGCGUGGCACCUGGCAAAUGGCUCUGUUCCCUAAAAAGUGCUCCAGGGAGUGUUGCUAGAGCCAGUGACCCCAAAACUGUGGAGGGAUGUGCCGCUGCAGUGCUCCUGCAGGUAGCUCGUGCCUUCCUCCUUGAUGCUGUCAGGCCCCAAAGGGCGAUGCUCCUGUCCCCCCCCUGCCCCAUCGUGGUGGAACCGAACAGCCCCGAGCAGCUGAAAGCCAGGAGCACGGCUCUGGGUCCUGCUGCCUUUGGUUUCCUCAUCUGUCGCAGGCAGGGCAGGAGAGGCAAACCCUUCACAUUUCUCCAGGGGGGGUUGCCUUGCUCCGCUCUGCGGUUAUCAGUCAGCUGCCUGCCAAAUAUUCCCCACCAGCCUGGAGACUUGAAAGUCAGAGGAACGGCUGCGCUCGUCUAAUUGACAGAUCACGAGCCCUGGGACUUCCCUGAAUUAAUUUGUGACAAGUGCAAUUGCCGAGUGUCUCUAUUAAGGGAGGAGAAAGACAACAAGGCGAAGCACAAAUCCUGCGUAUCCCACCUGGAUUUAGUACUUGGCAGGGCUGGGGGCUCUGCUGCAGUCCCUGGCACCGCUCCUCGCUGCUGUCUGGAGCUGAACAAGCCUGGCUCCGUGCACCCCAGGGACAUGGAUAACCCCCACCCGGGCUGGGCAGGAAGCCCUGCUGGGGACCCUGCUGUGUCCCUGGCCCCUCUCGAUGGGGCUGAGCAGGGAGGGCAUCGUGGCACUGGCAUGGAGGAGCAUGCAGUAAGCUCAACUCGCCCAUGAACCCCGUCAGCAGCUCAGAAGACAUCAAGCCCCCCCUGGGGCUCAAUGGGGUCCUCAAAGUGCCAGCACAUCCCUCAGGAACGAUGGCCUCCUUCACCAAGCACAUAUGUGCCAUCUGCGGGGACAGGUCUUCAGGUAAACAUUACGGGGUGUACAGCUGCGAGGGCUGCAAAGGCUUCUUCAAGCGCACGGUGCGGAAGGACCUGACCUACACGUGCCGCGACAACAAGGACUGCUUGAUCGACAAGCGCCAGCGCAACCGCUGCCAGUACUGCCGCUACCAGAAGUGUCUUGCCAUGGGGAUGAAGCGAGAAGCUGUCCAGGAGGAGAGGCAGCGGGGGAAAGACCGCAAUGAGAACGAGGUGGAGUCCACAAGUAGCGCCAACGAGGACAUGCCCGUGGAAAAAAUCUUGGAAGCUGAACUCGCCGUGGAGCCCAAGACAGAGACAUACAUUGAAGCGAACAUGGGCUUGACGCCGAGCUCGCCCAAUGACCCGGUGACGAACAUAUGCCAGGCAGCCGACAAGCAGCUCUUCACCCUGGUGGAGUGGGCCAAGAGGAUCCCCCACUUCUCCGAGCUGCCCCUGGACGACCAGGUCAUCCUGCUCCGAGCAGGGUGGAAUGAGCUCCUAAUCGCCUCCUUCUCCCACCGCUCCAUAGCCGUGAAAGACGGGAUCCUCUUAGCCACCGGGCUCCACGUGCACCGGAACAGCGCGCACAGUGCUGGCGUCGGGGCCAUCUUUGACAGAGUACUGACAGAACUCGUGUCAAAAAUGCGAGACAUGCAGAUGGACAAGACAGAGCUAGGCUGCCUGCGAGCCAUUGUCCUCUUCAACCCCGACUCAAAAGGUCUCUCCAAUCCAGCUGAAGUUGAGGCGUUACGGGAGAAGGUGUACGCGUCGCUAGAGGCGUACUGCAAGCACAAAUACCCCGACCAGCCUGGGAGGUUCGCCAAGCUCCUGCUCCGGCUCCCUGCCCUCCGGUCCAUCGGCCUGAAAUGCCUGGAGCACCUCUUCUUCUUCAAGCUAAUAGGCGACACGCCGAUCGACACCUUCUUGAUGGAAAUGCUGGAAGCGCCCCAUCAAAUGACUUAGAGAACUGCUGCUGGGUCAGUCCCUCGCCCGGCCGGGGCCUCGCGGGGCUCCGUCCUCUGCUUUCUCCUCCUCCACCCCAGCCCCUUCCCUCCCUGCCCUCCCCGAUGCUGGAGGCACCGUCCGAGCUUCUCCGCGCGCUCCCCGGGGCGACCCCCCCGAAGUCCUCGCCGCCUCGCCACGUUGACCCUUGUCCGUUUGCUGUCACUGCUGCGUCUAAAGACCUGAUCCGCUGUUGCCCUGCGGUAGAUGUAGAGAAGUGGGGGACGGAGAGCUUUGCCCCGGCGCCCCGUGCCGGGUGGCGCUGCCACGGGAGCUGGGGACGGUGCCGGCCCUUUGGGCAGCGGGGGUUUGGACGAGCUGAGGGAGUGGUUCGGCUCGCCGGGUUGCAGCUGGCUAUUUUCAGAGGAUGGAGGUUGUUUUUUUUUUUUUU